CAGAGACCGGCCAAGCAGAGCCAACACAAUUCACUGGCAUGCAGACCAAAACCUGUAAACAUCACAUACCAGCCUAGCUAGCUGCUGCGUAUCUGCAGCAGGACCGUCGUCUGCCUGCACUUGGCCGAUCAUAGGAUCGACACGCCGGCGUCGACGAUGAGGGAGCUGAUGCGGCGCCUGAGCUUCUCGGACAGCGUGAGCGACGGCAGCGGCGGCGUGCCCCGCGGGUGCGUGCCGGUGCUGGUGUGCGACGGCGGCGGCGGCGAGGGCGAGCGGUUCGUGGUGCGCGUGGAGGCGCUGCGGCACCCGUCGUUCGCGGCGCUGCUGGAGAUGGCGGCGCAGGAGUUCGGGUACAAGCAGGAGGGCGUCCUGCGGGUCCCCUGCGACGUCCGCCACUUCAAGGACGUCCUCGCCGCCAUCUCCGCCGUAUCCUCGCCGCGCUCUAGGAACUGAUCCACGAAAUUAUUACUCAGGCGUUAAUCGGAGGCAUCGGAUCUGGAUUAAGAGCCACCUGAUAACCUGUUAAUUACGUAUUAGCGUAGUGCUGAUGAUGGUUGGGAUACCAAGGAUUACUUGACCUACUUUAAUUCCUCCUCCUCCUCCUCCUCCUCCUUCUUCUUCUUUGUGUUAAUUAUUUGGUUUCUUGGUUUGGGCAAGAUCGACCACGGAGAGGACUUGCUAGCUAGCAUGCAUCAGCGCGUUGCAGUGCGCGUGUAAUUUAAGGUUAGGCCUCCUGUCGAUGUUCAGUGGAAAUAAUGGAUCAGUCUGCACAUAUGUUUCUCUU